UAUUUUUGUUCAGUGUAUGCUUGACGAGGGAAUACCAGGAAGGAAAUUUGACCUGCGUGCGCUGAGCACUGAGCAGCACUCACACCCCCUGCUGCGCUGCGAAGGAAGGUUCUACUGUAGCCAGUACUAUAGCUUCGUAUUGUAUGCGUUCUCGGAGAAUUUCUCCACUUUGAAUUCAUUCCUCGUGAGCGCACAGCGCAGUGUCUCAUUACAACUGCUCUAGUUAUUUAAUGUGACCUGAAUACAAAACGGACCUGAUAAAAGGCUUGUUGAACGAGCUGAUAAACGUCAUUCCCGCACAUUUUUUGGUCAAUAAGAUGCUUGACACACAGUAGCCAAAGUUAGCUCAACUGGCCUGUUUAUUCGGACUGCAACCUAUCAUCGAAAAUGACUUGGUUGACAGUGUGACAGCAACGGAUCCUCUGUCACCCAAGAAGCUAUACGACCCGGACCCGCCAGAGGAAAAACCCCCCAGAAACAUCGGAGGCUGUUGUCUCAAAGAGGUAGCUUGCAGUGAUGUCCAAGGCAACGAAGUCAGCCUCCAAGUCUCGGUCCCACUCCCGCUCCAGAAGCAGCUCACGAUCCAGAUCUCGGAAACAUUGCUACAGCUCUAGGUCCCGCACUCGCUCGCGCUCCAGAUCUCGUUCUCCAUCCCACAAUAACCGAGAGCGGAACUACCCAAGGGAGUACCAGAAUAAUAACCGCGAGUUCCGGGGCUACCAUCGAGGCUUCCGGAGGCCCUACUACUUCAGAGGCCGAGGGCGUGGCUACUUCCCACGGGGACGCUUCCAGAGGGGUGGGGGACGCGGCUAUAACAACUACCGCCCCAAUAACUGGCAGAACUACAGGCAGCACCCCCAACAACAGCACCCCCAACAACAGCAGCAACAACAACAGCAGCAGCAACAACCCCACAGCCCGAGACGGGGACGAUCCCGUACCCCUAAAAAGCGCUCUGGUAGCCCUCAUUCCCACAGCCACUCCAAGUACUCGGACCGCUCUUCCUCGCCCCGAUCCCGGCGCUCCCACCGCUCCUCUUCCUCACAUUCCUCCUCUCCCACACGUAGGUCAGGCUCUGGGUCGACUACGCAGAACUCUAAGGAUGUCAAGGAGGAGCGUUCUGCCUCCAAGGAGGUCCAGAAGAAAGGAGGAGGAGGAGGAGGAGGACAUGGUGAGCCCGUGGAGAUCACAGGGGGGUCUGCAGGGCCUGAUGGGGGCGCCAGUGGGGACAAGCCUAAGGCUGACUGGCAGGGCGUGACGGAUCACAGCAGCAGCCCAAAGGGGUCAAGUCCUCAGGUGCGCUCAGCUGUUAUCAUUGGUCAGGGCGCUCCAGCUUCGACCCAGUCUAGUCCCUCUCCUAAAAGCACUAAUGCUAAUGGCCCCAAUUACAAUGGUGCCCCCUCAUGGCAGAUACAGACGGUGGACAGUUCACCUUCCACCAAAAGCCCUUCUCAGAAAAGCCCCACACCUGUGUUCUCUGGCUUUGGCUUCUUCUCUAAAGACGACAACCUGGCAGGAGAUAAAGCAGCUAUCUCCUCAGUGUUCAAAAGGUUCUUGGAAGAGCACAAUCGUAAGAAAAAGCAGUCCGGUUGGGAGAAUGGCAGAGAGAUGGAAACCAAUGGUGGGGAUGUGGAGUGGGAGAAAGGGAAUGGCAUGAAGGCCACUGGGGGCAUCUUUGACAGAGAGCCCGACAAAGGGGAGAAUGAGAAGUACAAGUACAGGGAAGACUUUGAUGAUGAAGGGAACGUGUUGUUGAACCAUUUCUUGAAAGCCUCCCCUUUCUUUUCCUGCGAUGGGGAGGAAGAGGAGUUGAUACCCAAGCCCCGUCCCAAGGUGCUCCGCAAAGAGCAUGACCGGGAGGACGACGAGUCGCCCAAGCCCAAGAGCAAAGUCACCCUCUCGGCCCGUGAGCUAUUUGAGGAGCGCUUCGGCAAGUGGGAGGACCUGGCCUACUUGCAGGUGGCUGCCAAAGACGAUGAUCUUGAUGCCAUGGCGGAGGAGAUUUACCGCAGCCGGAAGGAGGAGAAGGCUGCGGCCAUAGCUGCGGCCUUGGCCAAGAGAGAGGCCAUAGCGGGCAUGCUCAGAGGCUUCUCCCCGGAGAACGUCAGCAAAGACAGGAGGAAGGAGAAAGCAGCCUCCAGCCCGUCCCCCACACCCGCACCACGGAGGAACUCUGACCGAGAGAUGUUCAUAGUCAGGCGGGAGGACUCUCCCCCAAGGGCCUCUGGGAAAAGAAGAGCGGAGUUCAGUGUCAGAAUGGAUUCUCUCAGAGAUGACGUGGCAAGCUCCUCUGGUGUUAUGGUUGGUGAGCGAAGGUUAUCACGGGAUCUUGUGCAUCCUACUAAAAAGGAGCAGGAGUUUCGCUCUGUCUUCCAGCACAUUCAGGCCACACAGUUACAAAGGAGUCCCUCAGAGCUGUUUGCACAGCACAUUGUCACCAUUGUCCACUACAUAAAAGCACAGCACUUUCCAUCCAACGGAAUUACUCUAAAUGAGCGAUUUGCCAUGUACCAAAGAAGAGCUGCACAAAAGGAAAUGAUGAAGCCAAGAAAAAGCCCAGAGAUACACAGGAUAAUUGAUGUUUCUCUCAGUGCUUUUAAGAAACACUCUCACCUGUUUGAGGGGAUGAAAAGCUCCGGGGAUGGCAGUUACAAGGACGAAGGUAAAAAAAUGAAGGGUGACUCAAUGGACCUUCGUCUGGAUAUUGAGCGCCGUAAAAAAUAUUCCACCCGGGAGAGAGAUUAUAAACAGGAUGGGGGGAGAGAUUCAGGAGACUCCCCAGAGGCUAGCAGGGAGAGGUCCGUUGAGAAAUCCUCCAAGCACCACAAGAAGUCCAACUCUUCCUCCAGGAAAAACAAGAAGAAGCAAUCUCGCUCUCGCUCCUCCUCUUCAUCUGCCGAAUCUCACAGGGGAGGAGACUAUCCCCACAAGGAGCCUGAGUUCAAAGACGAGGGCUUUAACAAGGCCAGGCUGGGGCCUCGGGGGGACUAUGGCGGCCCCACGGAGAGGGGACGAGGACGCGGAGGCUUUCAAUUUAGAAUAAGAGGAAGGGGCUGGAACAGGGGAAAUUACCAGGGAAACAAUGCCAACGGUAAUCCCCCUAACAUGGGCAUACCAGUUCACCCCAAGAAUGAGGACUGGGACCCGGAGUACACCCCCAAGAGCCGAAAAUACUACUUGCAUGAUGACAGGGAGGGCGAGAGGAAGUGGGUGGACAACCGAGGACGGGGGAACUUCCUCCGUGGCAGCAGGGGCCGUUUCAUUAUCCGGAAGGCCAGCGUUGGCCCACCCAACAACCACACCAACAACAACAGCAGCCCCAAGUGGACACAUGACAAGUUCCAGGUCAACGGGGGGGAGGAGGAGGACGAGCCCCAGGAGGAGGAAGCAGAGCAGGACCACAAAGACCAGGAGAAGUCUGAAGACAUGGAAAACACUGAGCAGUGAGGGAGCUCAGGGAGAGAGAAACAUUGUACCAGCACAGUGGCAAUGUUCUACUGUCUCAAGUCAUCUGGGUCGUGUUCAAAUGGAUGAAAACAGACUGAAACAGGGGAGGAAAGGACUACCUGGACUUGUCCAGUAACGAACACUGUCCAAUAAGAACUACCUGGACUUGUCCAAUAAGAAAAGACCCUGCUCUCAGCCUUUAUCCAUCACAAUGGCUGCACUUGGGAGAGAGUUACCCGUGCACAAAAACACACAUUAGGAAUCAAUCAGGACUCUCUUUGACACAAUAUCUUUACGCAACAUUAUGUUAUACUUUUGUCAGGGUAUAGCUGACUUGUGUUUUAUCUGCUUAUAGUAGAAACACUGUUAGACAGUGAACUGCUGUGUUGGAAUAGGAAAUAUACAUAACCAACCUCUGCGCUUGAUAGGUUAGCACUAUGAACAGUGCAUUGUGGGGUGUUAUGCCUCUUAGUACAGGGCUGAUGCAACAUUGCAUAACACUUUUUUUAUAUCUUGAUGCGAGAAAGUCACACUUUUUUUGCAGAGCAUGACAAGAGGAUAUUUUUGUGCCUUAGAUUUGUUCAAAUAUGUCAGACACAUUUUUAUCUAAUGAAAUUACUUUUGAGGCCAAACAGAUUAAUACUAUACUAGAAGAUAAACAUUUUAUUUAUUUAUUUUAUAGUAGUGAUAAAUCGUACACAAUUAUACAGUAGAUAUAUUUUUAGACUAGUCAACCCCAGAAAAUGCAGUAUACUGUUUUAGGAUUCAACAAUGUAACCUACGGAUUCAAAUACGUAACCUGCAUGUUCAACUACGUAACAUACGUAGUUGAUUUCAAACACGUAGCAUUCAACUACGUAACAUUCAAAUACGUAACAUUCAAAUACGUAACAUUCAACUACGUAACAUUCAACUUUGUAGCAUGUUUUUGGAUUCUACUAGGCUAAAGUACAGCUAGAGGCAAUCGAAUCCCCUUUUUACAUGACAACUGGGCCAGUUUCUAAUGGUCUAUAUGGUUUAGACCGUAUGGUUUAUAGUGGUCUUGCGAGUCCAGCAUCUUGCAAAUGACCCCUCUGACAAUGGGACCAAAUCGGGACAAAGGUUAUAUUCUACAGACCUGCAUUGUGGAGUGAAACAAGAGGCUCACAGUCCCCCAGAAGAGCAAACAGCAGUGGUGGAAAAAGUACCCAAUCGUCAUACUUGAGUAAAAGUAAAGAUACCUUAAUAGAAAAUGACUCAAGUAAAAGUUGAGUCUCCCAGUAAAAUUCUACUUGAGUAGAAGUCUAAAAGCAUUUGAUUUUAAAUAUACUUAAGUAUCAAAAGUUAAUUUAAAAAUAUAUAUAUACUUUUAAAGUAUAAAUCAUUUAAAAUUCCUUAUAUUAAUCAAACCAGACAGCACUAUUUAGUUGU